CUUUAUUGAGGUAUAAUUUAUACAUAAUCAACUGCAUCCAUUUUAAGUAUAUAUUUGGCGAGUUUUGAGUUUUAAGUAUAGUUUUGGUGAAUGUAUACACUUGUGAAACACCACCGCAAUCAAGAUGCAACCUUUACCCUGCCCCAAGGCACCCACAUGCCCGUUUGCUAUCAAUAACCAACUCCAGCCCCAGACCCGGGGAACCACUGACCUGCUUUGUGCUUCAAUUAGUCAGAUUUGCCUUUUUUCAGAAUCUGAAGUCAUUCCAUACUGUAUGUACACAUUUGUGUCUGGCUUGGCUCCAGAUAAAGUUUUUGGGAUUCAUGCAUGUUGUUGCACGUAUUAGGAGAGACUCCUUUGUAUUGCUGAGUAGUAUUCCCCUCUGUGGUUAGACCAUGAUUUAUUUAUCCAUCUACCUGUUGGUGAACAUUUUGGCUGUUUCUAAUUCUUGGCCAUCAUGAAUAAAACUGCUGUGAACAUUCCUACAAUAAUCAUUGUCUAAACAUAUGUUUUUAUUUCUUUUGUGUCUUAGUCCAUCGGGCUGCUGUAACUAAGAACCAUAGCCUGGGUGGCUUAUAAACAACAGAAAUUUAUUUUUCAUGGUUCUGGAGGCUGGGAAGUCCAAGAUCAAGGUGCCAGUGGAUUCAGUGUCUGCUGAGGGCCCAUGUCUUAAUUCAUAGAUGGCGGUCUUCUUGCUGUGUCCUCCUAGACAUGGCAGAAGGGGCAAGGGAGCUCUCUGGGGUCUCUUUUAUAAGGGCACCAAUCCCAUUCAUGCAGGCUCUGCCCUCAUGACCUAAUCACCUCCCAAGAGGCCCAAAGGCCCUACCUCCAAGUACCAUCAUACGCGGGAUUAGGUUUCAAGGUAUGAACCUGGGGAGGACAUAAACAGUCAGUCUAGUUUUUUGGGUAAAUGAAUUGCUGGGCUUAAUAAUAAAUGUAUAUUUAACUGUAUAAAAAUUGUUUUCCAAAGUGGUUGAUUAUACAAUUUCACAUUCUCAUUAAUAAUGUAUGAGUUCUGGAUACUCCAAAUCCUCAUCAGCACUUGGUAUUGUCAGUCUUUUCAAUUUAGCCAUUCUAGUGAGUGUGUAGUGGUAUCCUGUCAUUUAAUUGUGGUAUUUCCCUGAUGACUAAUAAUAUUUGACAUCUUUUCAUGUGCUCAGUAUGGCUAUUUGUGGGUUUUCUUUUAUGAAUAAUUUGUUCUAAUAUUUUGUCUACUUUUUUUUUUUUUUUUUUUUUGAGACAGGGUUCUCUCUCUGUCGCCCAGGCUGGAGGGCAGUGGAAUGAUCUCAGCUCAUUGCAACCUCUGCCUCCUGGACUCAAGCGAUCCUCCCACCUCAGCCCCCCAAGUAGGUGGGACCACAGGCGUGAGCCACCAUGCCCUGCUAAUUUUUGUAUUUUUGGUAGAGAUGGGAUUUUGCCAUGUUGGCCAGGCAAGUUUCAAACUCCUGACAUCAAGUGGUCCACCCACCUUGGCUUCCCAAAGUGCUGGGAUUACAGGCAUGAGCCACUGCACCCAGCCCUUAUCUGCUAUUUUUAUCAGGUUGGUUGUCAUUAUUUUUGAAAUGUGGGCAUUUUUUAUACAUUCUGGAAGCUAGUACUUUGUUAAAUAUAUAGUAUUGUAAAUAUUUUCCUGCAGUCUGUAGCUUGCCUUUUUUAUUUUCUUAAUGCUACCUAAGAGCAGAAAUUUUUUUUUUUUUUUUUUGAGAUGGAAUCUCGCUCUGUCACCCAGGCUGGAGUGCAGUGGCGCGAUCUCGGCUCACUGCGGCCCCGCCUCCUGGGUUUAAGCAAUUCUCCUGCCUCAGCCUCCUGAGUAGCUGGGACUACAGGCACGUGCUGCCACGCUCUGCUAAUUUUUUUGUAUUUUUAGUAGAGAUGGGGUUUCACCAUGUUGGCCAGGAUGAUCUUGAUCUCCAGACCUCAUGAUCCGCUUGCCUUGGACUCCCAAAGUGCUGGGAUUACUGGCGUGAGCCACCUGGCCCGGCUGAGCAGAAAUUUUUAUUUUGGUAAAGUCUGAUUUAUCGGUUUUUGGUUUUUGUGAUUCAUGCUUUUUGUGCCAUAAGAUAUCUUUGCCUAUCCCAAUGUUGCAAAGAUUUUCUUCCAAAUGUUGGAUAGUUUUAGCUUUUACACUUAUGUUGCUGAUGAUGAAUUUCAAGUUAAUUUUUGGGUAUGGUGUGAGGGGUUGAGAUUCCUUUUUUUUGGGUGGGGGGGACAGGGUCUCACUGUGUGUUGCCCAGACUGGAGUGCAAGUGAUAUGAUCUCAGCUCACUGCAACCUCUACCUUCCAGACUCAAGCAAUCCUCCCACCUCAGCCUCCUGAGUAGCUGGGACUACAGGUGCGUGCCACCAUGCCUGACUAAUUUUUUUUUUUUUUUUUUUGAGGCAGAGUCUUGCUCUUUCGCCCAGGUGGGACUGCAGUGGCACUAUCUCUGCUCACUGCAACCUCUGUCUCCCGGGUUCACGCCAUUCUCUUGCCUCAGCCUCCCUAGUAGCUGGGACUACAGGCGCCCGCCACCGCGCCCGGCUAGCCUGGCUAAUUUUUGUUUUGUUUUGUUUUAUUGUUUUUCUUUGUUUUUUGUAGAGACAGGCUUUUGCCAUGUUGUUCAGACUGGUCCUGAACUCAUGGACUCAAGCCAUUCGUUUGCCAAAGUGCUGGGAUUACAGGAAUGAGUCACCAUGCCUGGGCCUUUUUUCUUUUCUUUCUUUUUUUUUGAAAUGGCUAUCUGGUCAUACCAGCACCAUUUGCUUAAAAAAAAGCCAUCUUUUCUUCAUUAUUUUACUUUGGUGCCUAAAUAAAGAAAAUCAAUGGACUAUUGUUGUAUAAGAAAGAAUUUGGCUUUUGUCAGUAAACAGUGACUGUUAAAAAGAAGUGGUGGGGCCGUGGGUUCUCUGGGGAGAGAGAAAUCUCUGGGUCUGGGGGUCAGUAGAGGUCUCAGGGAGAAGGUGACUCUGAGCUGGCUUCCCAAGGAUAGACUCAGCUGGGGGCCUUUUAAAAGCUAGAGCCUUGGUGGCAUGUGCCUGUAGUCCCAGCUACUCGGGAGGCUGAGGUGGGAGGAUCUCUGGAGCCCAAGAGUUGGAGAUUACAGUGAGCUAUGAUUGCACCAGUGCACUCCAGCCUGGGCCACAGAGCGAGGCCUUGUUUCUACCAAAAAAAGAAGAAAAAAAAAAAAAAAGCUGGAGCCACUGGGAGGUAGCAGUGUUGCAGGAUGGGAAUGAAGCCCCUGUGUCCAGUCACUGUGGAGUCUUCAGGAGGCAGGGGCAGCCCUCCCAGGAGCCCUGUGUGUGCACUCUGCCCCUCUGUGUCCAUCCACCCUGAUCCUGCCUCUGUUGACCUGCUCCCCAGCUUACCUUUGUGCUCCAAAUGGCUUCCCUGGCCGCCCUGGCUGCAGACCUCCAACGUAGAGUCAUGAGUAAGAAUCUGUUGACAAGCACCCCUGAGAUCCUGGGGUACAUGCCACAAGCAGAGCAGGCAUCAGGUGACACCCAGGUCCCGGCCUGCCUUGGACACACUUGGACCCUGCCUUGGACCCCGGUCCCCAGCCUGAGCCCUGCCCUCUCACUCACCACCCACCCAGCCGGAAUUGGCUCUGGCCACUCUGGGAGGGCAGGGUGGGGGUUGCAAGUCCCUGGUUACCCAGGGAGUCCCUCAGUUAGGGAGAGGAGACAGGGUCUCAGGACAGGACCUUGAAGACAAGGAAGGGCAGUGCAGAGAGGGGCGAGAGAGCCAGACUGGGUUUCUAGGGGGUGGUCCAGGGUGGGAGCUGACCUGCCUCUGCUGAGACUGCGUUCCAAGUGUGAGCAUUGAUGUCUAGCCCAUGUAGCUGGAGAGGAGUCACAGCCAUGCUCCCCAGCUCCAGCCCACCUCCCCAGACGCCAGACCCAGUCCUCUCCCCACCUCCCAGAGCAUGUGGUCAAGCCCCUCUCCUAGCCUGAAUCCCUCCCUCAUUUGCUAAUUACCAGGACCUACAUGUCCCAGCUUCCCAGGGCCAGGAGACAGGGCCCCGCCCAUCUGGCAGGCUCAAGUUGGCUGCUUGGCUGCCGGGAUCUAGGUGGCGCUUACAAGGAUCUGGGCUUGCACAGCCUCCAAAGGGCCGUUGUCCAUUCUCUUGUAUUCGUUCUCAUCCUCUCCUUUCUUGGACCCUCUGAGUCUCUGGUUCCCUCUUGUUGGGACUCAGAUCACUCUGUGCCUCAGCCGAAUCAUUUUUCUCUUCAAUUUACACAUAUCCACCUAGGGUCCACUACAUCCAGAGGCUUUCGCCUCAGUCCUUGUCCUCAGGCUGUGCCCAGGGUUGUGAGGAUGGCGGUGGUCCUUACCUUGCAAAACAGUCUCCCAAUGACAACAAUGUUCAGGGAUAACAUCUAUGGAGGGCUUUCUACGUAUCAGGACCAUUCUGAGUAUCUUCCAAGUGUUAGCUCCUUUAAUCCUGGAAAGGACCCCAUGAAGUUAGUACUUUUAUUACCCCUGUUGUACAUAUGAGAGACUGAGUAAAAGCCGGUGGCUUGUCCAGGGUCACACAGCUAACUGGAAUGGCCAGGAGUAGACCUGGUGACUAUGGACCCCAGACCUUGAUCACUGCACACGCUGUGUCUGGGGCCUCGCCUGGUACCUGAGGUCCGUGGCACGCUGGUGCUGAUCAUUCGGAGUGCUCAUGGGAAUUGUAGUCUAGAGUCUGUGUGCUUCCUGAUCUCCUUGAUCUCCAUUUUAUUGAGGAGGCCUUUAGGCCACCAGAGGGGUCCAGAGUGACCCUGUGGAUUAGCAGUGGAGCUGAGCUUGAGCCAGUGCUCUUCAGGGGUCGUGUUCUGCCCCCAUUCUCUGGUUCAUCCUGCAGGUAGCAGGGAAUCAUUGAAGAUUAGAGAAAAUCAAACACCUAGAGAGAGACGACUCUGCCCGGGGAGCCCAGGCUCCUGUCUGGGUGCACACUCCAGGGCUAGAUGGUGACUUCUCAGCUACUCUAGCUUCAUAGGCUCAUAGUGCAUGUGAGCGCUCAUGUGGACACACACACAGGUGCACGCGCACACACAUGGACACACACACACACACCACUGUCUUUGGAAUCAGACCAUGAAAAUCCUUCCUCAGAGGCCUAGGGGUGAGGAAGCUGAGAGGUGAGUUGUGCCUCCAGCUGGAUGUGCUGGGAUGGGGUGGGAGAUGAGGUGGCCACACCUGGGUGGCAGGAGCUCUGGGGCAGUGAAACUUCUAACGAACAGAUGCUGCCAUGAGGAGGAAGAGGGAGUCAGCAGCCUUGCCUGCCAAUGCCUUCUAGCGCAUUUGUCCAUGGUUAGCAGAUAAUUAUUGUGUCCCUAUGGGUCCCAGGUGUAUUAUUUUUAUUGCUCUUAUAAUAAAUCAACACAAAUUUUUAGCAGCUUCAAACAACACACAUUUAUUAUCUCACAGUUUCCGUGGGUCAGUAGUCCAGCGUGACGUAAGGACUUGCAUGGCCAAAGUCAAGGUAUCUGAAGGGACAAGGGAAAAAUCCACUUCCAAGUCCAAUCUGGUUGUGAGCAGAAUUCAGUUCCUUGUGGUUGUACCAUGAGGUCUCUGGUCCCCUUCAUCUUCAAAGUCAGUAAUGGACAUUGAGUGUUUCUCUUGCUUGGGAUCUGGCACUCUAGCUGGAGAAAAUUAUCUGCUUUUAAGAGCUCAUGUGAUUAGAUUGGGUGUACCCAGAUGCUGCAUGCUAAUCUCCCUAUUAGGUCCAUAAUCCUAAUUGCAUCUGUGAAGUGCUUUUUGCCAGGUAACAUAGCAUACUCGUAGGUUCCAGGGAUUAGCACUUGUCCUCCCCCUGCUAUUCUUUAGUGGGCAGGGGGUCAUCUGCCUACCACGGAGGUAAGGGGUCAGGAGGUAGGCAUACAGCAAUGCCCAAAAAGAGACUGUCCCUGCUGGGACGGAGUUCACCGCCUAGACAUGCAGUCUUAACUCAGAAAUAUGGAGAUAGCCUCGAAGGACAGGACAGAUACUGGGCACAUGUGGGAAUGGACCAAGCCAGGUGCUCCGAGGGCUUUCCCAAGGAACUAAGGCUGAGCCAAGGACUGGAGGAUGAGUUGGAGUCAGAUGAGGGAAAAUGUGGGCAAACUGGAUUUCAGGACCAACCCCCAACCCUGGAGCCAGGAGCCAUGGUAUUGAAGGACAGUGCGCCAUGACUCAGAGAACCAGGGAGGGUUGGUGGAGGCUCACAGGGACCGGGUUACCCCAGGGCCUUGUGACAGUACUACCCCUAGUAUCAGAGGAGACUGUCAUUGGCAUUUAGGCCACUUGGUGCUCAUAACACCUUUAUGUCAGGUGAACACUACUGUCAUCCCCAAAUUACAGAUGGGGAAACUGAGCCAAAUGUCCAUGUUAGUAAGAGGCAAAUCAUAUCACUUCUUUGGGUACCCUUCUAGAAAGAUGAGGCUGACUGCCACUGGAAACAGCUGGGGAGGGUACAAGGAGAUGACGAGUGGCUCAGAGGCUGUCCUGGCUAUAAGAAUUAAAGAGGAAAGAAACACCAAGGGUGGAUCCACAGUCAACAAGGACAGGUUUAUUUUAGAAAACAAACUUGAGAGGGGCUUCUGGCCAAGUUAGGUCAGAGCCACACUCUCUUACAAACUAAGGAUAUUUAAGGGUUUUGGAGGGGGUUCUUAUCAUAGGUUCCGAAUGUUUCUGUGUGAGGGAAAGUUUAUUGCGGGGUUGGAAUGUCUCUGGUUGGAAGGGAGGCUGUCUCGGGGUUGGCAUGUUUCUGGUCAGUGAAGGGUUUAUCUUAGGGUUGGAAUGUUUCUGGUUAUGCUGACAUUAGCCAUUAGGCUGAUGUUUUGGGGCUGGAUUUAGGCGGCUUUUAAUUAAGGGGGAACUUAGAAUGGUGGUGUUCGUUCAAGAUGGCAAUGCUCCUGCUCCAUCACUGGCCAGGUAAGGCAACCCUUUGUUAUGGUAACAACCUGAGAUUGGCAGGGGCUCACCUCCAGGGGCAGCUCAUGUGCUUGCUGGCGAGGCUGCACCUUGUCAUUCAGGUUCACAGGGCACAGGUCAACCAGGCCCUGGCUCUUCAGUCUUCUGCCUGGAGUGACUUAUGUAAUUCUGCUCAGCUUUUAUAGGGCACAGGGAGUCAGGGGCUAAAUCUGCUGCCUGGGGCUGGAAACAGACUCCUCCCUUGAGGAGCAGCAGUCCACCAUAGGGAAGUCACAGUGGUCCAGGCCAAAGGGGAUGCAGCUAGUGUAGACUAGGCGGUAGUGCAGGGAAUGGAGAGAAGUGGGAAUAAAGGGAUAGUGAAAGGAGGCACAUUUCACUGGCAGGUAAUCAGGUGUAGGAGAACAAGUCACACAUUUGGACUUUACAGAGCAGUGGACGCUCAGUCGGCUGCUGUCAGCGCCUGGGGCUGAGGGGAGUGCCCCUGGCUGGAGACAUGGCAUGGAGUGCCAUCAGUUAGGGAGCCCUGGGCACAGGUAAGAGAAGGUGUGACAGCAGGAGGGAGAGUCUGGGGCCCAGCUGCAGGAACCAACACCCAUAGGCUAUUUGUAUAUGGGCCAUGGGGCCUCCCAGCUGGAGGCUGGCUGGUGUCACGAGGGUCCCACAGGCAUGGGUGUCCUUACUAUAUCACAUGGCCUUCACCCAGACUGGUAUAUGGAUUGCACCUAUCAGAGACCAAGGACAGGACCUCCCUGGAAAUCUCUGAGGACCUGGCCUGUGAUCCAGUUGCUGCCUUGUCCUCUUCCUGCUAUGUCAUGGCUUAUCUUCUUUCACACAUUCAUUCAUCCAUUCACUCAGCAGUAUUAGUCAAUGUCUCUCGUAUGCUUGGCACCUGCUAGAUGGUCCCCGAGUUUACCAUUAGUGGAAAAGACAUUUAAGAAAUUCACCAAGGGCUCUUGAGAGGCCAUACACGGUGGACCUGACUAGGGUGUGGCUUCCCUGAGGAGCUGAAGUUGCCCAGAGGCCCAGAGAAGUGGAGCUGAGCACGUUUGAACCACUGAACCUGCUCUGGACCUCACCUCCUUCCCUUCGGUGCCUCCCAGCAUCCUAUCCUCUUUAAAGAGCAGGGGUUCAGGGAAGGUCUCUGGAUGGUGAUUCGCAGGGGCAGCUCCAUUCUCGCCUGCCGCAAUGACUACCCCUCCCCAUCUCAAACACACAAGCUCACGCAUGCGGGACUGGAGCCCUUGGGGACGUGUGGCCCAAAGACUCAGGAGGUACAGGGGCUCAGUGCGUGCAGUGGAAUUAACUGGGCUUCACUCUGGAAGGGUAAGGGGCCAUCUUCCAGGUUCACCGCCGCAUCCCCACCCCCGGCACAGCGCCUCCUGGCGACUAACAUCGGUGACUUAGUGAAAGGACUAAGAAAGACCCGAGGCGAGGCCGGGACAGGCCGAUUUCUAGCCGCCACGUGGAGAACAGCUUGGAGCGGUGCGCCGGGCUUAGCGGCGGUUGCUGGAGGAACGGGCGGAGUCGCCCAGGGUCCGGCCCUGCGGGACCGAGCCGAGGCAGACGGUGACGUCCCCACUCGGGGCGGAGCCGCAGCCUCACGGGGGCGGGGCCUGGCGCCGGCGGUGGCGUCACAAAAGGCGGGGCCGCAGUGGUGUCCGAGAAAUCAGGCACGUAACUCAGCGGCUGCCGCAGCGCGUGCGUCUGUGCCUCUGCGCGGGUCUCCCGGUCCUUCUGCCAUCAUGCCGAUGUUCAUCGUAAACACCAACGUGCCCCGCGCCUCCGUGCCGGACGGGUUCCUCUCCGAGCUCACCCAGCAGCUGGCGCAGGCCACCGGCAAGCCGCCCCAGUACAUCGCGGUGCACGUGGUCCCGGACCAGCUCAUGGCAUUCGGCGGCUCCAGCGAGCCGUGCGCGCUCUGCAGCCUGCACAGCAUCGGCAAGAUCGGCGGCGCGCAGAACCGUUCCUACAGCAAGCUGCUGUGCGGCCUGCUGGCCGAGCGCCUGCGCAUCAGCCCGGACAGGGUCUACAUCAACUAUUACGACAUGAACGCGGCCAACGUGGGCUGGAACAACUCCACCUUCGCCUAAGAGCCGCAGGGACCCACCCUGUCUGCGCUGCCUCCACCCGGGAACCCGCCGCACGCUCUGUUCUAGGCCUGCCCACCCCAACCUUCUGGUGGGGAGAAAUAAACGGUUUAGAGACUA